AAGCAAGACGAAGACCAUAUUGUGUUUUUGCAGGCUCCCGUCGCAAGUAUGCACAGGCAGCCCUCUUUGCUUGCGCGGAUCGCAUCACUCUUUGCUUUGACAAGACUGCGCGGAGCGUCAUGGUGGAGGUCUUAGUGAAUUUCUAUGCGAGCUUUAGUGUAAUCUUGCUGCUGGGAUUGGUUGAUGUAUGAGUGGGACACCUCUAGGCGUAGCAAGGGUGGAGAGAGAAGCAGAAGAAGGUCGCCAUGUCCGUGAGGAGGACGUCAGCGCGGUGUCCCAUUGACACGGAAGCGCAGGAAGGGUGCGGGAUACCAUGGGGAGCCACGGUGCAGCCGUUCGCUGCAACGGAUGAGCUCGGGCGGUCUCCUGAGGAGUGCGAGCGCGGUCAGGCGCUGCCGCGAUGCGACAACUGCUAUGCAUAUCUCAACUCGUUGUGUGAAAUCGACAAGUGGGCCUGGACGUGUGUGCUUUGUGGCCAGUUGAUUGGAUUCACUGAGGAGGAGUUUGCGCGGUAUCAAUCGGCAUCGUCCCCGCGUCCGGAGGUUUUGUCGUCGCUUGUUGACGUAGAGCUUGAUGAUGAUGAGGAAGACAAUGUAGCGGCCAAUUUUCAAGCCAGGCCUGUCUUCGUAGCAGCAGUGGAUCUCUCAGCUUCUGAAGAGUUCUUAGAGCUAGUGAAGAGUUCCCUCCUUGCGGCUCUUGAAGCCUUAAAUGCAGGUGCGUUGUUCGGGUUGAUUACCUUUAGCCACAAAAUAGGGCUGUACGAUUUGCAAGGUCCCAUUCCAGUUGUGAAGUAUGUUAGCAUUCCUCCGGACAUGGAUGGGAAGCUUCCUGUUGAUCUCGACAUGGCCAUGCCAUUGUCUGCGUUUCUUGCUUCAGUGGAGAACAAGGAGCAUAUUGCUGCAGCACUAGAAACAUUAAGACCUACAAGCUCUUGGGAGCGGGCAACAGCAGCAGGACAAGGUGUAGAAGGCGUAUCCAUGGGUGGUCGCGGAUUUGGCGUUGCGAUGGACGCUCUCAUCAAGUAUUUGGGACCUGAGUAUGGGGUAACAUUUGCAAUGGCACGAGUAUUUGCGUUCUUAUCCGGCCCGCCUGAUUACGGCGCUGGACAGCUGGACACGAGACGUUACGGAGAGCAGUAUUCUAGCAAGGGUGAGGACGCAGACAAGGCUCUUCUUCCCGCGCAAACUUCUUAUUACAAAGAUUUGGCCGCACAAGCAGUGCUAGCAGGUGUUUGCGUGGAUCUGUUUGCUGUGACAAACGAAUACACUGAUUUGGCGUCACUCAAGUACUUAAACAUAGAAAGCGGGGGCGGCCUGCUGCUAUAUUCAAGUACUGAAGAAUCCACUCUUCCUCAAGACCUAUACCGCAUGCUUAGUAGGCCGUAUGCUUUUGGAUGUAUACUGCGUGUUCGAACAUCAACAGGGUUCAAGGCUGCUACUGUUUAUGGACAUUAUUUUCCAGAUCCUGAAUACGAUAAUGUGCAGCGCAUUAUCUGUUGUGAUCAAUUUGCAACAUAUGCAAUUGAUUUUGAAUUUGAUAGUUCGUCUGGCUUCACCAGGAACAUGGAAUCGUCACCUGUUUUACAAAUGGCUUUCCAAUAUUCCAUUCUUGUGCCUCAAGGCGAAGAUACCAAUCAAUCUCAUGCAAAUGGGAAUUCCGGCAAUGGUUCAGAAUCAUCCUACAGUCACAGUUAUGUCGUGAAGAGGCGCCUUAGAGUACGGACUUUGCAAAUGGACAUAGCUACCAAUUUUAUUGAAUUAUACGAGAGUGCAGACACUGAAGUCAUCCUGACUGUCUUGACACAUAAGAUUAUUCGAGCAUCCUUGGAUGACGGUGUGAAGGAGGCCCGCGCUCUCUUACAUGACUGGCUGGUCAUUCUCACAGCACAAUACAAUGACUAUUAUAAGCUUGCCCAAUUUGAACAGCCCAACACAUAUAGCAAGUUGGAUGUGGCAUUCUCAAGGUGCCCCCAACUGCAAGCCUUGCCUCGGCAUGUCUUUGCACUUCUUCGGAGCCAAUUGUUGAGAACUCACGAGGAAGGAGUACAUCCUGACCACAGAAUAUAUCUUCAAUGCCUUUUCAGCGCAUUAGAGCCUUCCUUCCUCUUGAGAGCCGUGUAUCCUGUGCUAUCCUCCUUUGAGACACUAGACAAGCCAGCGUUUCCUCGUCAUUUACUUAGUCGAGCAGCCUUAAUCACCAGUGGCAGCCCCAUCUUCUUUCUGGAUGCCUUCACAACACUCAUAGUCUAUUACUCUGCAACUGCUGAUCCAGCCUUGCCGUUCCCACCACCUCAAAACUGUGGAUUACGCUCAAUAAUAAAUAGACUGAAGCAAGAGAGGAACAUUACUCCUAAGUUAUUGAUAAUCAGAGGAGGUCAUGACAAUACCGACCCUUUUGACCGGUAUCUAAUAGAGGAGCAGGACGUGGAUGGUAAUGGGAUAGCUACAGGCGUGGGAUUUGUCGCAUUCUUGGACCAAAUUGCACAUGAUGUCAUGAAGUAUAUGAAAUAAAUGCAUCGUUGGUCAUAAUUUUCUA